UAACCCCGAAGUUCCCCGCGAUCAGCUGAUCCCGGCUGACAACGAGGGGAGCGGGCGGAGGAGGCACGGGUCCUGGCCGGCCCUACCCUGCUCCGUUCCCCCGGGCGCCCCGACUGCAUGGUCGGCCCCUGGGGGAGGAGAACCGGGGGACGCCCCCCGGGCGCGGAGGGGACGGGGGGGGGAGGAGGAAGCCGCGGCCGGGACCCGAGUCCUUAGUCACCGGGUGCCGGCGGGAGGAAGGGGAAGAAAGGUGGCCGCCGGCUUGUAAACAAUAGCCCGGCUCGCGGCGCCCCGUUCCGCGCCGCCUUUGUUCCCGGCCCGCCGCGGCUCCCACCCGCUGCCGCCGMUCGGCGGGAGGAACCCGGGGGCUUYCCCMUUCCCGGCCGGCCGGCGCGGCGCCGGCUGCAGCCCCAGAAACAGGAAGGAAAAAGAUUGCUUUAAAGAAAUCUGAAGAUGAGCGCCCACACACAAACUGCAGAGAAAGGACAGAACACGACCCUCCUGUGCCAGGAAAGCUAUGUUUGCAGUGGGACAGAUGAAGCAGUCUUUGAGUGUGAUGAGUGCAGGAGUUUACAGUGCCAGCGUUGUGAAGAAGAGCUGCAUCAGCCAGAAAGGUUACGGAACCAUGAAAGGACCCGUAUAAGACCCGGCCAUGUCCCRUACUGUGACUCCUGCAAAGGUGCCAAUGGGAACAUAAUGCAUGCCAGUAUGACGGGCUCGAGGCAAAUAGCAGCAGUGAGGUGCCAGGUGUGCAAAAUCAACCUCUGCGUGGAGUGUCAGAAGAGAACACAUUCUGGGGGAAACAGAAGGAAGCACCCUGUCACCGUGUACCAUGCUGGCAAAGCUCAAGAACAGGAAGADGAGGCGGGGAUGGAUGAGGAGACCAAGAGAAGGAAGAUGACAGAGAAAGUUGUGAGUUUUCUCUUGGUGGAUGAAACUGAGGAGAUUCAGGUAAGGGAUGAAGAAGACUUUAUUAAGAAACUGGACUGCAGUCCUGACCAGCAUCUAAAGGUGGUGUCCAUCUUUGGGAACACAGGGGAUGGCAAGUCUCACACCCUUAACCACACCUUCUUCUAUGGCCGGGAAGUCUUCAAGACRUCUCCUGCCCAAGAGUCUUGCACAGUUGGAGUCUGGGCAGCCUAUGACCCUGUCCGCAAAGUGGUGGUAAUUGAUACAGAGGGCCUCCUGGGGGCCACUGUGAACCUGAGCCAGAGAACACGGCUGCUGCUCAAGGUCCUGGCCAUCUCUGACCUUGUCAUCUACCGUACUCGUGCUGACAGGCUCCACAACGACCUCUUCAAAUUCCUUGGUGAUGCCUCGGAGGCUUAUUUAAAACACUUCACCAAGGAACUAAAAGCUACCACAGCCCGCUGUGGCCUAGAUGUUCCUCUGUCAACUUUGGGUCCCGGUGUCAUCAUCUUUCAUGAGACUGUGUACACCAAACUGCUGGGCUCUGAUCAUCCUUCUGAGGUUCCUGAGAAGCUCAUUCAGGAUCGGUUUCGGAAGCUGAGCUGUUUUCCUGAGGCUUUCAGCUCAAUUCACUACAAGGGAACAAGGACAUACAAUCCUCCAACAGAUUUCUCUGGGCUUAGGCGAGCUGUGGAGCAGCAGCUGGAGAACAACACUACUCGGUCACCUAGACAGCCUGGGGUUAUCUACAAAGCACUAAAAGCUCUAAGUGACCGAUUCAGUGGGGAGAUCCCUGAUGACCAGAUGGCUCACAGCUCUUUCUUUCCAGAUGAAUAUUUCACGUGCUCCUCUGUGUGCCUCAGCUGUGGAUGUGGCUGUAAGAAGAGCAUGAACCAUGCAAAGGAAGGAGUUCCUCAUGAAUCCAAAAGUCGAUGCAGAUAUUCUCACCAGUAUGAUAACAGAGUCUACACUUGCAAGGCCUGUUAUGAGCGAGGGAUGGAGGUCAGCGUGGUGCCAAAAACCUCUGCUUCCACGGAUUCUCCUUGGCUGGGCCUUGCCAAGUAUGCCUGGUCAGGAUACGUGAUCGAGUGCCCCAACUGCGGGGUGGUGUAUCGCAGCCGGCAGUACUGGUUUGGCAACCAAGAUCCUGUGAACACYGUAGUGAGGACAGAAAUUGAGCAUGUCUGGCCAGGGACUGAUGGUUUUCUGAAAGACAACAACAAUGCAGCCCAGCGUUUAUUGGAUGGCAUGAAUUUCAUGGCUCAGUCAGUGUCGGAACUUAGCCUGGGACCCACAAAAGCUGUGACCUCCUGGCUGACAGACCAGAUUGCCCCAGCUUACUGGAGACCCAACUCUCAGAUCCUGAGUUGCAAGAAGUGCAACACGCCUUUCAAAGAUAAUGACACUAAGCAUCACUGCCGGGCCUGUGGAGAGGGCUUCUGUGAUGGCUGUUCUUCCAAGACACGUCCAGUGCCUGAGCGAGGCUGGGGACCAGCACCAGUGCGUGUGUGUGACAACUGCUAUGACAACAGGGGCAUCCAGUUAGAUGUGGCUGAGCUGCCUUCAGAGGAGGAAGGGGGGACACUUAUUGCCAGGAAGGUGGGGGAAGCUGUGCAAAACACACUUGGAGCAGUGGUGACAGCCAUGGACAUUCCCUUAGGUCUGGUAAAAGAUGCUGCCCGACCUGCAUACUGGGUACCAGACCAUGAAAUCCUGCACUGCCACAAUUGCCGGAAGGAAUUCAGUAUCAAACUCUCCAAACACCACUGUCGGGCCUGUGGCCAGGGAUUCUGUGACGAGUGCUCACAUGACCGCAGAGCGGUUCCCUCUCGUGGAUGGGAUCACCCAGUCCGAGUUUGCUUUAACUGCAAUAAAAAGCCUGGUGACCUUUAACCGCAGGCUCCUCUCCAGAUCUUUGCAAUUCCUUAUGUUCUCAGGGUUACAAAUGAAAAUAUCUGGUCUCCCUUUCACCUUUUAACCUUUUGCAGCCAGAGUGCAUGUUUCCAGUUUCUGGCCUCCUCUUGUGUUAUGUCCAUCUUGGAACACUGGGAAUGAGCUUACAUUCAGCCUCUAGGUUUUAAUUUCAAAUUAACUGGGAAAGGGAGGGAGCUCCCUUGUAAAUGAGCAAACCAAAAUCCAGUGUAUUUUAUUCCAAUAAAAAUAUCUCUAUAUAUAUAUAUCAACUAUGUAUAAUUUAGUAUAUUAAAAAUAUGGUUGAAUAAUGAAGCUUUGAGUAUUCCUAGUUCAAAUGAUGGAUGGUGUUGUUCCUGACUGUAUUGGAUCAGAAUUAUGGCCUUCUAAUUCUUCUUUUGGAAUGUCUUGCUGAUCGUGAUGUCCUGUGAGGAAGGUUUGGACUCUGUGCUGCCAGGAAUCUCCARUGUUGAUAUAUGAAUUACACCUGGUAAUUCAACCAACUCUGCAUCUGGAGGUGCUGCCUUUCUGGCCAUGGAAGAUUUAACCCAGAUUUAUUAGCAAGUUUGUUUGAACUGUGAUAUGAGCAAUGGUCUUGCAGUGCAAGAGGUAUCAAGUUGAYACAGACCCCCUGGCAGAGACCAGUGAGCUCUGAAAGGUAAAGUAAAUCCUAUGGCACGAGGCAAAGCAUUCUGAUUUUGCCAUUACAACUUCAAUACCAGAUCAAAAGGUAGCAGGGUUUUGCUCUCCCUGACAAUGUUUUCAUGUACUCAGGUUUUCAAGUUUCUCUGCAAGAUCAUUGCAGUUAAAGUUUUGUCCAGAGAACAAGAAAACAAGUUUUGUAGGCAAUUGCGAGAUACAAAAUUUGAGUUGUUUGGAUUGUGAUGACUUUCCCCCCACUUUUUAAAUGAUCCUGUAAUCUCUGAAGCCUCUGUGUUCUCAGAUAUGGUUGCAUAGAAACUGCACAGAUUGGACUUUUCUUCUAAUAAUAUAAACUCACAAAUCAACCUGGAAAAUGGGAACCUUUCUUCUUUGCUCCUAGCAACUGGCACUCACUGGACUUCAUCCUUUUGUGAAAGGACUGCAAUGAAUUCACUGAUUUUAUUAUCAAAAGCACCACUUAACCCAACUUAUACUGUCAUGUACUGUGGAUUUGUGGUUCCACUUAUAAGAAGUAGGAGAUCAUUGUGGAUUAUACUGCCUAAAAUUCUCCCUUCUUGGCUUACACAGACAAKAAUUUUUUCACCACAUGAGAGUUGCCUCUUGGAGUGGCUGGAGUUUAAUGCAAUGUCCUGGAACUGUGGUGUUUUUUCCCCAGCUUAYUAAAUGUGCUCUUGUGUAGAUGAGUGCCCAACACCCUGUUUUAAGACUGUAUUAUUGAAUUAACUGCUAUAAAGAACUUUAUCUUCUGAACAA